ACAUCCAACAACAACUCAUUAUCAGCCAAAAUGUUCGCAAAAUUCGUAUCCCUCUUAGCUUUGGUGUCAGCAGUGUACUCUGUUGAUUUCCAAAUAAAAAACAACUCUCCAGACACUCCAGUUUUCGUCCAGCUCCUAGGAACGGAGUAUUCAGACCCCUUCAUCCUACAUGGAGGCGAAGAAGUGGACCUUACGUUCGGAGAACCCUGGAGUGGCCGAAUUUGGGGCCGCGUUGACUGUUACAGCGUCGAGGAUUGCGGGGCAGCUGGACCAAUCCCGGCCUCCCUUGCCGAAAUCACGGUAGGCGACGGUAUGGCCUUCUACGACUUGUCUUUGGUUGACGGUUUCAAUAUUGAUCUUUCCAUGGAACCCAUUGAUGGUCACGGUGACGGAGGUCAGUACAGUUGUCAAAAAUCCGAGUGUGCCUAUCCCAUUUUGAACGACUGCCCUGAAGAACUGAAAUUGUUCAAUUCAGAUGGCGUGUUGGUCAGUUGUCAAGCGGCUUGUAACGUCUUCGGUGAUGACUUGUAUUGUUGCCGUGGUGAACAUUCCACUCCUGAUACUUGUAAGUCUUCUGAUUGGCCAGUGGACUAUGCGUCGUUCUUCAAACAGAGGUGCCCGGAUGCGUACAGUUAUGCUUACGAUGAUCAGCAGAGUACUUACACGUGCGACAGCAACAGAUACAUUGUUACUUUCUUGUAAAUAGGGUUAAGAUUGAAAAAAUAAAAUCAUACUUUGUUUAUCAAGUUAUAAAUAA